AUGCAGGGUCUGUGGUCUCGAGCCGCUUCGUCGCAGUCGGCCUGUCGCUGCGUUUCCUGUCUAAGUACGGCUGCCAACGGCAUCAGUUCACGAGCAGCAACUGCUGCGAGCCGUCGACGGCUCCGAAUUGGAAAUUCAGUGACAGCACUAUACUCGAGUAUCUUUGCGGCAGCUGCAUUAGCCGAUGCGCGGGUCAAGGACAAGCGUCGACAUGAAUGGGAAGAGAAAAUAGCGGCAGUGAAAGAGGAGGUGAAUGAACUGGUAGAUGAGGAAAAACGGAUAUUGGAGGCCCUUUCUUCACGCAAGAGAAACGGACAGUUUUCUCGGCAAAUGCAAGUACGACAAUACAGCACUGCAGCUGGAUUCCGAACAAACAUUGAAUCGCCGCGACCAGAGAAAUACACGCUGGAGCGUCAAUUCGACAAAUUCGAAGAAUCGCUUCCAUCUCAGACUACGGAAGCGGCGGUUCCUCCCGAACCGGAGGCGGAGGAGACACUGUUUGACGAAGAUGGGGAGGAAGAAAAUGACAUAUUCACUUCUUUCGAGACGCCGUGGACAGCUGGCGAUCCCCUUCGGACUAAAGCAAUUCAAAAACUAGCAUUGAGACAGUUAGCUAUCCGGUUAUUGCUGCGCCCUGUUGUUGCUCCCAACUAUUCCGGCCUGCCUCUCGAUUAUCCGACAGAUUCGGCUUUACCAAAAUUAAACGUCACAGAGCUGAUGGCUCAAUUGCGGAUGACGCAGAACAGAAUCUAUGCUCUUAGAUACAGAGAGGAUGAAGCUUUCGACGAUCUCGCAAAAGAUAUGCAUAUCCGAGCAUUUAACGAACUGCGGUCGGAGCGUUGCAAGCUCGAUGAGAUCCUUCGGGAUGAUAUCAACCUUUACCUAAGCAAUAGAAUGCCUUUGCCGGAACUGCUUGUACGGAUUUCGGAUAAUCUGAUGGCAAGCAAGGAGCCGGAUCGCCCUAGAGCCUUUCAGGUGAUGAUCAUGGCUUUUACGAAAACGCGCAAAAAUGACCUGGUUGAUCUCGUUCUGCGGACAAUGCUACCAAAUCAAUUCGAACUAAACCCCUCGGUGAUCGUUUCGGUUCUGACAUACUUUAGAAAAUCGAAAGAUCUCAAAAACUUCGACUUGUUUCUCGAAAUGCUGAUGGGACAAGGAUACCCUGCCAAUAUCCCUCCUUCAGCUCGUUGGAAGUCGAAGGUGAUUAAUGGAAUAGAGAUUGUGGUCCCUCCCGUAGCCGCCUCCAAUCCGGUUAUGUAUGGUACUCUUAUUGCUGCAGCGCUCCGUUUUGACCAGCCUGACAGAGCAGAGGCUUGGAUGCAGGCUUGGCGGGCGGCUGGUUUCACGGACGACUUCAGUACCCUAUGUUCGUUCUUGAGAUUCUACACUAUCAGGAAAAAUUGGGAGAAAGGUCGACAUGUAUUGAAGAGGGCCGUGGCCUUUAUGCUGUCUUCGACCUCUCAUCCACCCAGACGCAUUGAGCGCUUAAUUGUACACAUGGUGCACUUUUGCGAUUCUUGCGCGCAAGAAGAUGUCUCUGCUACUCUUAUUGCGGCAGCUGUAAGGAGCGGUUUCGACUGGAAUGCAGCUCGCAGACAGCAUGACAUUUCUGCAGAUUUCGACCCUGCCUUCCAGCGGUGGCGGAACGCUGAUGCUGAAAUUUCAAGGGAGCCGUUCCAGCACCGAAAUAUAGCAGAAAAAUGCUCCUCGUUCGCGGCUUUGGUCGAGGAUGAAAUAAACGAGGCAUGCCAAUCUGGAGAGAAGAGGAACGCAGUCGACGGGAAGAGGGCACCGUCAGUCAAUGUACCCAGCGCUGAAGUAAUGGUUUCCAGUAUUCCAACUACUUCCAGCGAAGAACUGCACGCACUGAGAGAGGAAAUCACACGACUGAAGACGAUGGUAUCUCAGCUAUAUCAAAACGAACAGGCAUCCCAAGCCCCUCACGAAACACCAGAGAAACUGGCUUUCUCCCCCACGCAGCCGGGUGCUCACCUCGCCGAGCAGGCCUCUAUACCCCGCAGAACUGCCUACACGCCAGGUUCUGGUCACAUCAAAGAUGUUACACCACGACCACAUGUACGGGAAGAAGGCCGAAAACGUAUGGUCGUACGGACAAUCUUGUCAGGUCCGGGUGCAAACUGA